CGAUCUUUCGCUUAAGCAACAGCAACAGACAAGAAAAUCAAACACUUCAACAUGUUCAAAUACGCCGUUGUUCUUUUCGCUCUCAUCGCUUGCGCUGCUGCCAAGCCCGGUUUGCUGGCUGCCGCUCCAUUGACCUAUGCUGCUCCCGCCGCUGUUGUCGCUGCACCAGCUCCAGUUGUUACCGCCACCAGCAGUCAAGUGAUCGCGAGAAAUUACAAUGGUAUCGCCGCUGCACCAAUUGUUGCUGCCGCCCCAGUAGCCGCUCCAGUUAUUGCUAGCUAUGCUGCCGCUACUCCUUUAGCGGCACAUUAUGCUGCACCUCAGCUUCUGUGGUAAAAGAAAGUACUUCAAUCCAAAUAAAAUUUUCGAAAUAAAGACAUAAA